ACUAAAGAAACACUGUGAGAGUGUGAGUGAAGCUGAAUACAGACAGAUAGAUACAUACAUACAUAUGAUAUAUAGUGAGAGUGAGAAAGUAGGAAAAGCAUCGGGGUCCAUGUUCCUCAACCGCAUGACAUCCAAUUCAAGCUUUCUUCCUCCACUCGCAACCUAGGGUUCCGAAAUCUUCAGAGAAUUUGAAGGUGCACCGUUUAUAGCAGCGGCUAUCAGUUGACAAUGGGGAAGUCUCCUGGAAAAUGGAUCAAGACUGUGCUUUUCGGGAAGAAGUCAUCAAAAUCCAAUCUCUCAAAAGAUGUUACCUCAGAAAUCAGGACAUCAGAUACUGGUAAGGCAACAUCAGAGGAUUGUGGUGCUGAUUCUAUGGUUAUCUCUAGCCCAGUGCGCCCAGUCAUUGUUUCAAGUGGAGAGCGUACAGAAUUGGAAAAGAGCUCCAGUGCCAGCUUAAUGCCUGAUACAGCUGAAGAUCUGAGAAAUCCCAUGGACUUAACUGCUGUUAACGGUGAUGAGUUGAUCAGGCUAGAGCAGGCUGCCAGAAAAGUGCAGGCUACUUUCAGGGGAUACUUGGCCCGAAGAGCAUUUUGGGCCCUCAGGGGUAUCAUAAGGCUUCAAGCUCUAGUUCGUGGCCACUUAGUUCGGAGACAGGCUAUAGCUACUUUGAGCUGCAUGCGUGCAAUUAUUGAGUUCCAGGCUUUAGCACGUGGCCGAAUGGUCAGACUUUCUAAUGGUCAAAUGCUUAUAAAACACACUCCAAGAGAAUCUGUGGUUAAGAAACCGGCAGACUUGCUUAAAACAUCCCUUCGAGUAGAGAAGCUAUCAACAAAUGUAUUCGCCACUAAGCUUGUUGCUUCUUCUCGCAAUACCACACCAUUAACUAUCCAGUACGAACCGACGGAACCAAAUUCCGUGAGAAGCUGGCUCACCCGAUGGUCGUCUUCACACUUCUGGGACCCACUACCGCAACCAAAACAACCGCUUGAUGCAAAACCGAAAAGAAAGCAGACUAAAUUACAAACUGAAGAUACUGAAACCGGAACCGGGAGGCCAAAAAGAAGCGUUCGCAGAGUUCCCGCACCAAAUAAUGAUAAUAACGGCCUCUCGAAUUCCUCUGAAAAUGAAAAAUCAAGGCGCACGGUGAGAAAAUUCAACCACCAACCAGACUCUGGUCAUGGUCUAAGUCAAAGUCAAGAUCAAUCUCUAACUGAACUUGAAAAGGUCAAACGUAAUUUGAGAAAAAUAUCUGUAUCCACCUCCAAACCUCCCGAGAAAUCAGAAUUGGACAUUGAAAAAACGUCACCCACUUUCAAUAAAGUUUCGGUCUCCCCUACUCCAGACGUUUCAGAGAAAAACAACGAUUCGAUAAAUGGUUCAUGUGUUGAGAACGUUAAACAGCCUGAGCCCAAGCCCGAGCCUGAGCCUGAGCCAGAAGAACCCCCGGUUCAAGCUCAAGCUCCAGAUGAUAAACCACUUGAUCAACCUCCCAUUGAGCCACCGUCCCUAGAAACCAAUGGGAAGCAUGAAACCGAACCACCUUCGAAUGUGGAGUCAAAUGGGAAGGAAAGUCAGAAAGCUAGGAGAAGAAAGUCAAUGCCGGCAAAACAAGAACACCAUGAGAGCGUGUCACAGAACACACCAACCUUACCAAGCUACAUGGCGGCGACUGAGUCAGCAAAGGCCAAACUUAGAGCACAAGCAGCGGCAAGGGCGGCAGAAGAAGGCGGUGAAGAUGGUUUGACCAGGCGGCAAUCUCUACCAUCUGCUGGUAAAGUGAUGUUGCAUUCGCCACGUGUUCAGAGGCCUUUACAUGCCAAUGGCAAAGGGGGAAUUAAACCUAACAAAUCUCAAAUAUCACCUAGAGAUGAAAAAGUGAUCCAGGCGGGGUGGAGGAGGUGAUUGCAAGGAGCAAUUGGAGAGACCUAUCGGUUGCAGCAAAUUGGGUAUGGUUGUUAUUGUAUUGUGCUACAUUGUUAGGCAUUGAAAAAUAACUGAUGUUUGUUUGUUGUGAUCAGUUUCUUUUUGUUUUAAGGAGGGAGGGUGUUAUAGCCAGUCAGUCCGUGUCUUAAUGUAUAGUUAUGAACCUAAAGUUUGUAUUGUUUUGAUGUGUUUUUGUGUGAUUGAGAUACAUAACUUCCUUUUACAUGAUCAGCCAAUUGGUUGUCCUUUAAA